ACAUUGGUUUGUAGCCUGCCACUAAAACUGAAGAAGGAGAUAAAGCAGGUUGACUGUUCUCGCGAUAUUUCUCAGGAGGCAAAGGGGGAAAAAAAGAGAAGCUGCGAUGCUAAAGGUUUGUUAGCCUUGUGUACUGACAGUUUCGCAUCUGGCUGGAUGGAGGAGAAAACGCCUCACCGUUAUUAAGGGAAGGGUUUCCAGAGACUGGGAGCGCUUCCUCCAGUCACCUCCCCUGUCAUCAUCCUCCUCCUCAGAGUGGAUUUGAAGAUGUAGCCAAGAGUGAAGUGGAUCAUCUCUGCAGUCCCCAGGCAUAGUCAGUGACAUCUCACCCCCACCCUCUGCCAGCCUAACUCUGGGGCACUUUGGCCCCUAACCAGGGCUGCCCAGUGCGUGACUCAGCCGUCCCCAGUCAGUCCGUCCCUGGUUGAAGACCCUGCUGUCCUCAGCCAUGCUGUUCUCCCUGAGGGAACUGGUCCAGUGGCUGGGCUUUGCCACCUUUGAACUCUUCCUCCACCUGCUAGCGUUGCUGGUCUUCAGCAUGCUGGUUGCUCUGCGAGCCGACAUGUUCACCCCUACGCUGAGCUGGUGGCUGGUGUUCGUCCCGCUGUUCGCCGCCGACGGCCUCAGCACCUACUUCACGGCCAUCGUGUCGAUCCGUCUGUACCAGGAGAACGAGAAGCGCCUGGCCGUGCUGCGGCUCCUCUGGGUGCUGACCGUGCUCAGCCUGAAGCUGGUGUGCGAGGUGCUGCUGUGCCAGAAGCUGGCGGAGCAGGAGCAAGCCAGAGACCUGUGGUUCGGCCUCAUCGUCUCGCCGCUGUUCAUCCUGCUGCAGCUGCUCAUGAUACGGGCGUGCCGCGUCAACUGAGGGGGGGCAGUUAGCGGGUCACGUCACCGAAAACGCAGGAACAUGGAGCAAUCUUCCUCUGCCAGUAGAGAUUUAAAGCAUAACAAUAGUGUCAUUUCUCUUUGGGCUCAUUGCUGCCUUUUUUUUUUUUUUUUUCUUUUAAUACACAUGUUCCAGGUCUCACCAGAUUUGUAUACAUUUGUGUUUCUAAUAAUUAUUUAUAAGUUCUAAAGCAGUAUUUCUCUUCCCAGAAGAGUGAUUAGAUCAAUCAUAUAUGAGAAUAAUAAGGGUGAUUACGUAAUUUUGGCCAUGUAGAGUAAAUAUUAGGGCUGAGUUAAAAUAAUCGAUUCUCCAAUUAAAAUCUUUGGGUGAUCCGAUAUUGAUUUUAAUAAAAUCCCAAAAUCGAUCUUUUAAUAUAUGCAUUUUCACCAUGGAUGUGGGGAAUCUUAAUGUAAACAUUAACCUAAAAAUAGUUGAGGGUUGCUUCUUGCUUGUACAAUUUACAGCCUAAGUUCUCUGAGAAUCUUUUUGUCCAAGCAAAAUUAGUAUUGUAACUGAAAAUUACAUAAUGUAAUAUUGAUUCAAAUGAGAAAUGUAAUUGAAUCGGGACCUUGUGAAUCGGAAUCGAAUCGACUCGAGAAAUCAUUGGCAACACCCAGCCCUAGUAAAAAGACUUAAUGGUUCCCAUUGCUAAGGCUGAGCGAUAUGGAGAAAAUCAGAUAUCGCAAUAUUCUUGUCCUAAUACCUCGAUACCGUGAUAUUGUAGGGUCGACAAUUGGUGUUUUAACAAAAUAUCUUCACAAUGAGAUUUAAGAUAAAUAAUCUUCAGUAAUGGAGAUAUAAUGACUAAGUGGG